AUGAUGGCGCGCAGCUUGGCCACACUGGCUGUCGUCUACAUCACGGACGCCUUGCUAAUCAGGGAGCCGCCACUCCGGGUGCCUCCGCUCGACCACGCGAGGUACACCACGGUGCUGAGGGAGCGCGGCGUGCCGUUUUCGCUGCGGGACGCACACGGCAAGGACCUGGUCGCGGAGGCCGCACGCCUCCGCCGCUCCCGCGACCGCCGGGGCCCGUUCUUGGUGCCGCCGCCCGAGCCGCUGGUGCUGAUCGUCACCACCGAGACCAUUGCGCUAAACCUGCGGCUGCAGCGCGCUCCGUCUCGAAGGAGAAAAAACCACGGCGGCGAUCGUCAAUGGCCAGGGUGA